AUGGCAAAUUACGCUUUUGCAGAUGCAAAACUGAUUGGGUUGUUUCCCGCAGUGCUGAACCUGGCUACUAAUGCUCUCAUCACAACCAAUGCUACCUGUGGAGAAAAGGGUCGGGAAAUGUACUGCAAACUUGUUGAGCAUGUUCCUGGACAGCCUGCGAGGAACCCUCAGUGCCGUAUUUGUGAUCAAAGGAGCAGGGUUCCACACCAACGACAUCCCAUAACAAAUGCAAUUGAUGGCAAGAACACUUGGUGGCAAAGCCCCAGUAUCCAGAAUGGAAUUGAGUAUCAUUACGUGACCAUCACAUUGGACCUCCAACAGAUUUUCCAGAUUGCAUAUGUUAUUGUGAAAGCAGCUAACUCGCCUCGACCUGGGAAUUGGAUAUUAGAGCGUUCGCUGGAUGGUGUAGACUAUCAACCGUGGCAGUAUUACGCUAUCACAGACAGUGAGUGCCUGACACGCUACAACAUUCAUCCCCGUCCUGGAACUCCAUCCUAUAUAAAAGAUGAUGAAGUUAUAUGCACUUCUUAUUAUUCCAAGAUCCAUCCUCUGGAGAAUGGAGAGAUUCACACUUCUCUAAUUAAUGGACGGCCUAGUGCUGAUGAUCCUUCACGGGUAUUGCUAGAAUUCACCUCUGCUCGCUUUAUUCGCCUGAGAUUUCAGAGGAUACGGACACUAAAUGCUGAUCUAAUGAUGUUUGCACACAAAGAUCCGAAUGAAAUUGAUCCCAUUGUUACACGGAGGUAUUACUAUUCUAUAAAAGAUAUCUCUGUUGGAGGCAUGUGUAUAUGUUCAGGCCAUGCGAAGGCUUGUCCACCGGAUCCAGCAACCAAUAAAUCCGUCUGUCAGUGUGAGCACAACACAUGUGGAGAGACAUGUGAUCGGUGUUGUCCCGGUUUCAAUCAAAAGCCUUGGCACGCUGGCACUUUCCUGGUUAAGCACGAAUGUGAACCAUGCAACUGUCAUGGGAAGACCGAGGAGUGUUACUAUGAUCAGGAUGUCGCAGACAGAAAUCAGAGUUUGAAUGUCCAUGGAGAAUACAUCGGGGGUGGAGUGUGUGUGAAUUGUACAAGCCACACCAGUGGCAUAAACUGCGAGACCUGCAUCGACGGUUACUUCAGACCUAAAGGGGUAUUGCCAGAUAGCCCUGAUCCAUGCCAGCCAUGUUCUUGUGAUCCAAAUGGGUCUUUACAUGAAACCUGUGUCAAAGAUGAGAAACAUGCAGAAGGAG